UCAGCUUUCACCGGCCCUUAAGCAUUACUCCAUCUCUCAAAACCCCACUUUUCUCAAGUCUCCAAUUCUCUUUCUUCAUCAGAUUUCCUUCCAAUGUAUGCAAAAUCCCAUUUCCUAAAAGAUCCCCAUUUUAGUCUCUAAAUUCACUCAACAGAAAACUUCCCAUUUCCUCAAGAUCCCAUUUACCCCCUCGUUUGCUCCAAUCUCUCGAACCCCAUUUCCUCAAAAUAUCAUCCUGUUUUCUCCUUGUUUGAUCUUUGAAACCCCAUUCCAUCGAAAUCCCACUGUUUUUUCUUCUCAAUCUUUUUUAAAUGAGUAAUUCCCAAGCACCCAAGUCAAUAAAGCCUUCAACUUUACAGACUUCUUCAAACCCUCCAAAACCCUCUUCGCUUUCUCCUCAUCUUGCAAUGGUAGAGCUAAAACAAAGGAUUUUAACCUCACUGUCCAAGCUCUCUGAUCGUGACACUUACCUUGCCGUUGAAGAUCUUGAGAACAUCAUCCAAUCCAUUUCCCCUGAUUCCCUUCCCAUGUUACUCAAUUGCCUUUUCGAUUCUUCCAAUGAUCCAAAACCAGCUGUGAAAAAAGAAUCAUUAAGGUUACUUUCAAUGCUAUGUAACUGCCAUGGUGAAUUGGCAGCUUCCCAUUUGACUAGAACCAUUGCCCACAUUGUUAAAAGGUUGAAAGAUGCCGAUUCCGGUGUGAAAGAUGCUUGCCGAGAUUCAAUUGGGGCCCUCUCGGGGCAGUAUUUCAAAGGGGAGAAUGGGGGAACUGUGGUGGGAUUGUUUGUGAAACCAUUGUUUGAAGCAAUGUGGGAACAGAACAAAGGGGUUCAAUCUGGUGCAGCUGCAUGUAUGGCUAAGUUGGUGGAAUGUGCUACUGAUCCACCUUUAGCUGCUUUUCACAAGUUAUGUCCUAGAAUCUGCAAGCUGUUGAAAAAUCCGAAUUUCAUGGCUAAGGCUUCGCUUUUGUCGGUAGUGGCGAGUUUAUGGCAGGUGGGAGCAGUUGCCCCCCAGAGUUUUGAAGCUUUAAUGCAAAGUAUCCAUGAAUGCAUUGGGAGCACAGACUGGGUGACUAGGAAGGCAGCUGCUGAUGUUUUAUGUGCCUUGGCACUACAUUCAAGCAACUUGGUUGCGGAUAGAGCAGCUUCAACGAUAACAUUACUGGAGAAUUGUCGAUUUGAUAGGAUGAAACCUGUGAGAGAUGCCAUGACAGAAGCAUUGCAGCUAUGGAAGAAGAAUGCAGGGAAAGGGGAUGAUGGAGCUGCAGAUGACCAGAAAGCCUCAUCUCAUGAUGGUGACAAUCCUUAUUCGGCUGAAUCAUCACAAAAGAAUGGCUUGAAAAAUAAAAAGGCCGGAGAUAGAAAAACAGAUCCAUUGGCCAAGGAUUCAUCUGAUAGUCUUUCCCCUACAUCUAAUUCUGUUUCCAAAGACAAAAGGGGAAGCAUUCCUGAAAAAGCAGUUGUAAUUUUAAAGAAGAAAGCACCUGCAUUAACGGACAAAGAAUUAAAUCCUGAAUUCUUCCAGAGACUUGAAUCAAGGGGUUCCGGUGAUUUGCCAAUUGAAGUAGUCGUUCCUCGGAGAUAUCGUAAUUCUUCAAACUCGAAGGAUGAUGAAGAAUCAGAACCAAAUGAUCCAGAUGCAAGAAGGACGAAUAGUAUGGGAAAAAGACAGACAGAUAACUUUGUUGCAUCUUCCAGCAGUAAAAACCAUAACAUGGAGGGUGGAGCCGCUAAUCUGCGGGAUAAAUGGCCUGAAGAAAAGAUAAAUCGUGCAAACGUAAAAACAAGGGCAUUUGAUGCUGAUGGCAGGAUAGAUGUAAAUCAAAGGGAGACAUCUGAAAAUCAUUGGGUUUCUCAAAGGUGGAAUUGGUUGGCUAUUCAGAGGCAGUUAUUGCAGCUUGAGAGACAGCAAGCGAAUCUCAUGAACAUGUUGCAGGAUUUUAUGGGUGGCUCUCAUCAUAGCAUGGUAACGUUGCAAAACAGAGUUAUGGGUCUUGAGAGAAUUAUCGAAGAUAUGAGUAAGGAUUUAUCAAUAUCAUCAAGCAGGAGAGGAUAUAAUUUUAUGCCACAAUCUGAAGCGUCAUCCAAUAGACCUUUAGGGAAGUACAAUGGCUUCUCUGACUAUAAUUCGAAGUUCGGUGGGCGAAUCCCAUCUGGAGAGAGGUGUUCACGAUCUGAUGGAAAUGGUCCAGGCGGGAGGGGAAGGGGACCUUCUUGGAGAUCUGAAAUAUCUGAUGAUUGGAAUUUCCCUGCAUUUCGUGCAACCAGGAGCGGACAAAUUGCAUCAAGAAGAGAUUCUGCUAGCAGCAGCCUGGAUGAUAGAUCACCCAAAUCAGAACAUGAGAAUGAUCAGGUUGGUGGCAGGAGAGCUUGGGAUAAGAGUCCCGGGCCUGUGAGGCUUGAUGAAGGGCCUUCUGCUAGAAGUGUCUGGCAAGCAUCAAAAGAUGAAGCUACCUUGGAAGCAAUCUGCGUAGCUGGUGAGGAUAGUGUAGCAUCUCGAACAGGACGUGUUCCUGAAUUGGCUGCUGAAGCUGUUGGAGACACUAAUGUUGGAAUGGAACAAGAUUCAGUCUGGACUUCCUGGAGCAACGCAAUGCAUGCACUUCAAGUAGGUGAUAUGGAUACUGCUUAUGCUGAAGCUCUGUCUACAGGGGAUGAUCUCUUGCUUAUAAAACUAAUGGAUAGAUCAGGCCCUAUAGUCAACCAACUGUCGAACGAGAUAGCAAAUGAGGCCUUGCAUGCGAUUGUGCAGUUUCUUCUUGAUCAGGACUUGUUUGAUAUCUGCCUAUCCUGGAUUCAACAGCUGAUCGAAGUGGUUUUAGAAAAUGGACCUGAUGCAUUGGGUAUUCCCAUGGAGUUGAAGAAGGAGCUUCUGCUGAAUUUACACGAGGCAGCUUCCUCAAUGGAUCCACCUGAGGACUGGGAAGGCGUGGCCCCUCAUCAACUUCUAUUACAGUUAGCAUCAGCCUGGGGAAUUGAUCUGCAAGUGUCUGAUAAGUAAUUUCUGCCGGUUUUGGCAUCCUGUGUUGUGCUUGUGAACUUCUUGAUUAGGAUACUGUUUCAGGGCAUUUAUUUUACACGAAAUGGCAAACGUAAAGGGAAAAAAUGGUUUCCA